AUGCUGCAGAGGUUACUUUUCAGAGCGGCAACCCGGAGCCUCAAUCCCCGUCGCCUAUAUUCUCAGAAUAAGAUAGAUUUUUCUAAGCUCACUCAACGAGAGAUCAAACAGCUUCGUGAGCUCAAACUGCAGAAAGAUCGAAAUUAUAAGGAUCGCACUGCUGCAUUUUACUUCAGCAGUGUCGCUGUUGUAUUUUUAGGUCUAGCAUAUGCAGCCGUUCCUCUUUAUAGAGCGAUUUGCGCUAGAACUGGUUUUGGUGGUGUGCCUAUCACAGACAGACGUAAAUUUACGGAUGACAAGUUGAUACCCGUGGACACAGAUAAGCGAAUCAGGGUGGCUUUUACAAGUGAAGUAUCACAAAUUCUGCCUUGGAAAUUCAUACCACAACAGCGUGAAGUAUAUGUACUCCCAGGGGAAACUGCGUUGGCAUUCUAUAAGGCCAAGAACGUCAGUGACAAGGAUAUCAUAGGAAUGGCGACCUACAGUAUCACUCCCGGCGAGGCUGCCCAAUAUUUCAACAAAAUACAGUGUUUCUGCUUCGAGGAACAGAGAUUAGCCGCUGGAGAAGAGAUAGAUAUGCCUGUUUUCUUCUUCAUUGACCCAGAUUUUGCGUCAGAUCCAAGCAUGAGAAAUAUAGACGAUAUUAUACUGCAUUACACUUUCUUUAGAGCUCACUACGCAAACGGUGAAGCUGUGAGUGAAGCUGCAAAAGCAGAAUUUGAUCAACCAGUACCAGAGGACCGUCAGUAG